AUGACUCGAUUUGGAGAUUUCCAAACACUUUGCUCCAUGGUCCCGUCAUAUACAUGGUGUAAUCUCUUUUAUCGCCAGUUAUUGACUAACGACCCAUCCGUCUUGAAUGGUGGUGUAUCUCAAAACGCCUCAUCUGCCCCGGUCGGUGUUAAUCCAGAGUGUGGGAUACCAAAAGUAAACACCAACGGCUCUUUGGGCAACAUCGCCAACAUCGUCGCUUGCGGUCUUAGUGUCUUCAUUGUGGGAGCUUUGAUCUACUUCACUGGAAGGCGCAAGGCUGCAGUGGGCCGUGUGGAAUUACGGAUAUUCUUCGCCUUAUACCUCUUAACCCUGCCCUUCCAGUUGAUCACGACUGGCUCGUUGCUUACUCAGGGCACAACUCCCUUGGUUGUCCUUACUGCCAUCCAUGCUGGUCUCGUCGCUACAAUGUUUUGGACGUUGCUGGGCAAUGCUAUUGUAGCAACCCAAGUCGUGGAAGAUGGCACCCUUAGCUCGAUAGUACCCUUUUCUAUAAUUUCCGCCGCAUUCUUCGCCGCUACAACCUAUAUAUCCUUGGACGUCGGACUCACUUUCACACAAGUGCUUGGCACAUCAAAUCCACCCGCAUCUCUUCACAGUAUACCACUUUUUGUUCUCACUAGUAUCUGGCCCGGAGUCGCUGCUUUAAUCUAUUUCGGAAUCAUGUUGUACAUUGUCCUCGGGAUCCUCAACGAAGUCCGACCAGUGUGGUACUAUGUGAUCGCCGCCAUCCUCUUCAUCCUUAGCCAGCUCGACUACUUCCUACUCAGUAAAAUCAUAUGUAAAGGAUCAUCGAUGAAAGUUGAUGGUUCGUUCAUCGCGACGAUACUGGAGACCGCAUGCGUAGUUACUCUUUACUUUGCGUGGAGAGGGAUCACGGAAGAGGACUGGGAUAACGAUCUCUACUACCCAUCAUAG